AGUAUUCGUUGCAUUCUGCUCCGUGUCGUUACUCGUGCUAAAAGGUCCACCGCACUUUCUUUAAAAAAACACACACUUUUUGGAUAUUUAUUACCAACUGACCAACAAAACUUAUAGACAUGAAGACCAUUAUCGUUCUGGCUGUUGUUGUUGCUUUUGCCCUGGGAGCCCCACAAGCUGUCGAUGAUUCCCGCAAUGCACAGAUUCUUCGUUACGAAACGGACAAUAUUGGUGUCGAUGGAUACAGAUAUGCCUUCGAGACAAGUGAUGGUAUUUCGCGGCAGGAAGAGGCUGAACUGAAGAAUGCUGGCACGGAGAAUGAAGCUAUUUCCGUUCGAGGCUCCUACAGUUGGGUGGCUCCCGAUGGUCAGACCUACACCAUCAACUUCAUUGCUGAUGAGAAUGGUUACCAACCCGAAGGUGCUCACUUGCCCAAAGCCUAAAGUGUGCCAAUGCAGAGAACGUGCCACAAAACCACCAAACAUCGCAUUAAACGCAACCUCCCGCAGCAUCUUUGCCAACACCAUUCAAAUACUCACAGCAAAAAUGUCAGUAGAGACAUUAAAAUUUUGCUCUCUUCGCCAUCCUGAGUGCUAAAAGUGCCAAGAAAGAAAGCCUCUAAAAUGGAAAAUUAAAAUUUAUCCAUGCAGAAAAGGAAUUACCUGUACACAUACAUAUGUCUAGUAUAUUAUGAUGAAAACUGUGACAUGAAAAAUAAACAUUAAAACAACAUUGUUGAUGAAAA